AUGGCAUUCGUACGACCUCCCCCACCACCACCAGCAUCGACCACAGCACUAACAGUUCUCCAGAAAGCCCCCGAAGGCCCUCCCCCAGGCUACCCCCAACAAGCGCACUUCGACGCCGGCCCCGUCGACCCCCGCAGCCAAAACUACUACGGCUCUCCUCCACCACAACAAUACGGCAGCCCCUCGCCUUACGGACAGCCCGGACCUUACCAACAAGGUCCCUAUGGCCCUCCACCAGGGCCGGGUUAUGGACCGCAGUACCAGCAGCAACCGAUCCUCCGAUGGGAUAUUAUGAUGAUCGGAGAGGAGGUGGAGGAGCGACGGGAGGGAUAUGCGCGGGGAUAA